AUGGAGGAGAUGGAGAGUGGUCCCCCAGGGCGGGUGACCGUGUACUCUAUUGUUGGCUGUCCACACUGUGUGCAGGCCAAAGCCUCCCUGGGGGGUCUGGGCGUCCCAGUGUGUGAUGUGGAUUUGGGGAAGCAUCCGGAGCUCAGGGCCAGAGUGAAGCAGCUGACCGGGCGCUCCACUGUCCCGCAGAUAUUCUUCAACAGUGUUCAUAUCGGGGGAAACGACGACCUGCAGAACAUGAAUCCCACAGAGCUUGAGAGGUUGGUUAAUUUGGUGAAAAAUGAGCCAAUAUCCACAGACGGUCCACCUUUACCCUCGGAGAGUUCUGCUGAAGACACUGAGGCAGAGUCAGACAGAGACUUUAUGUGUGCGAGGGAUGAGUUGGCAAACCUGGUUGAGGACUUCAAACAUGGCAGUGUGAUCAGCAAUCAUAGGAGAGGACUGACCGUGCACAAAAAGAGCUUCUCAGGUGACCAGCUGCUUGAUUGGCUGCAGAAGGAGAAGGGCCUGGCCGUAGAGGAGGCGUUUAGCACUGGCCAGGCUUUGUUGCAGAAGAAGUACAUGGUGAGGGUGCAUUGCUCUGGGAAUCAGCAGGACGAUUUUGGAGAGAAUCUGUUUAGGUUACUGGAAGACGACCCUCACGCUGCUCUGAACGCUGGACAAACCGCCGCCUGCAGCCCCAUCCCGGCCGCUGAGCUGUCCCUGAUUUUACGCGAUCUCAUCCUGAAGCUGUUUUCUCAACAUCUCUCUGCUGAUGGCAAGUUUGUGGAUUACAAAGGCAUGUCUGCAAACCCAGCCUUUGAUCGAUACUGUGACCUGGCCAUUCAGCUGCAGAGAGUGGAGCUGCUGUCUCUGAGCCGAGAGGAGAAACUGGCUUUCUUCAUCAAUAUCUACAACGCACUGGUCAUUCAUGGGUUUCUACGUCUGGGAGCUCCCACCAACAUGUGGCAGAGAUACAAGUUCUUCAACUAUGUGAGCUACCUGAUUGGAGGAGAGGUAUUUACACUCCAGGACAUUGAAAAUGGGGUUUUGAGGGGAAACAGAAAGGGCAUUGCACAACUACGGAGACCCUUUUCAAAAACCGACCCACGACUCCAGAUGGCGCUGCCUGAUGCGGAGCCGCUUAUUCAUUUUGCCUUGAAUUGUGGCGCAAAGGGCUGUCCACCGAUUAAAACAUACACCCCACAGGACAUUGACAACCAGCUCAGGAUUGCUGCAGAGGCCUUCCUAGAGAACGAUGAUGCCUGUGUGGUGGAUUCUGGGAAGAAAGAAGUCAGGCUCAGUCAAAUAUUUAAGUGGUACAAGACUGACUUUGGAGGCACUGAUGAGAAGCUGCUGACCUGGGUCCUGGAGCACAUGGCGGACUCUCCUAAGAAGUCCAAUCUGCAGGAUGUGGUGUCUGCAGGCAAGACCAAAGUGAGCUACCUCCCCUACGACUGGACCAGCAACAGCAGCCACUGA